UAUUGGGACCAUGAUUUUGGUCCGAACUUGUUCACUGGUCCUCAUACUUUUCCUUGUUGAUGUCUCAAGAAGGGUAGAAAUACAAGAACACACACACACACGCACACACACACGCACACACACACACACACACACACACACACACACACACACACACACACACACACACCCCCUCUCUAAUUCCUUCACCCCUCCCCCUUUAGCAACUCUCACACACACUCUCUCGCUCAAGCAGACGGAGGGAGAGGAGAGGAGAGGGAGGAUCUCCUCAUCGAGGACUACAGUAGUGUAGAGUGAGGACGAAGAAGGAGGAGGAAGAUACUGCAGCCUUCAACCGGGUCCCCCCUCUCGCUCUUCCCCCAUCCUCCUUUCUCUUGCCAAUCCCACCAUCAUGAACCCGCCUGCUGCUUGUUGCUAAGAGUGGAGCCAAGCGGGUGAAGAGAGUCGAGUGGACUGGACCGGCCACUGUUUGCUUUCUAAGGUUUGGGUGAACAUGGCAGAAGGAUCCAAAAAGCGGGCCGAGGUCAUUGAUCCGGACGAGGACUCCCCAAACAUGAUUGUCUACAGAAAGAUUGAGGACAUCGUCACCAGGAUCCAAGAUGAGAAAGCAGGAGGAGUUGCCAUCAGGACUGUUAAGAGCUUUCUGUCCAAAAUCCCCAGUGUUGCAUCAGGGGUGGACAUUGUUCAGUGGCUGAUGAAAAACCUCUCCAUAGAAGAUCCAGCUGAGGCCAUCCACCUUGGAAGUUUGAUCGCAGCCCACGGCUACAUCUUCCCCAUCUAUGACCAUGUCCUGAUGCUCAAAGAUGACGGAACUCUUUAUCGCUUUCAGUCUCCAUACUUCUGGCCUUCAAACUGCUGGGAGCCUGAGAACACAGACUAUGCCAUCUACCUGUGCAAGCGCACCAUGCAGAAUAAGGCCAGGCUGGAGCUUGCCGACUAUGAGGCUGAGAACCUUGCUAGACUACAGAGGGCUUUUGCCAGAAAGUGGGAGUUUAUCUUCAUGCAAGCUGAGGCUCAAGUCAAAAUCGACAGAAAGAAGGACAAGGCAGAAAGGAAGAUCCUGGAUAGCCAAGAGAGGGCAUUCUGGGAUGUCCAUCGACCAGUGCCAGGCUGCGUCAACACCACAGAAAUGGAUAUCCGCAAGUGCCGCAGAGAGAAAAACCCACACAGGGUCAAAAAGUCAGUUUAUGGGUUACCAGAUGAUAACCACAGCCAGCCGAAUCCAAUCCACAUGAGCUCUCAGCCUGCCAGGAAGCCCACCAAAGAGGACGUUCAGAAGGAGAUCACCUUCCUCAACAUCCAGCUGGACCGACACUGCUUGAAGGUUUCCAAAGUGGCAGACAGCCUGAUGGGCUACACGGAGCAGUUCAUGGACUACGACCCCUUCGUGUCGCCCACUGAGCCCUCCAACCCUUGGGUCAGUGAUGACUCCUCCUUUUGGGACCUGGAGGCAAGUCGGGAUCCGAGCCAGCAACGGGUGAAGAAGUGGGGCUUCUCCUUAGAGGAAGCUCUAAAAGACACUGCAGGACGAGAACAGUUCCUGAGGUUCUUGGAGUCAGAGUUCAGCUCAGAGAACCUACGAUUUUGGUUAGCGGUGCAGGAUCUGAAGCGACGGCCGCUGCAGGAGGUUGCGUCGCGCGCGCAGGAGAUCUGGCAGGAGUUCUUGGCCGAGGGAGCACCAAGUUCCAUCAACCUGGACUCUCACAGCUACGAGCGCACAAGCCACAACCUGAAGGACCCUGGACGUUACAGCUUUGAGGAUGCUCAGGAGCACAUCUUCACGCUGAUGAAAAGUGACAGCUAUGCACGCUUUUUGAGGUCCAACGUCUACCAAGACCUCCUGUUUGCGAGAAAGAAGCAACAGCCUGCCGAUCCCGAACAAGGCCGCCGCACCUCCUUGGAGAAGUUCACCCGCAGCGUGGGCAAGUCACUGACAGGCAAGCGGCUAACAGGUCUCAUGCAGUCAUCCUGACAGACCUUUUGGAGGGAGGAGGGCACAGUUUGCUUCCACAUGAAACGAGGCUGGACGUCGUCACGCCACCAUAUUGAAGGCUCAGAGGCCUGCCGCCAUACUGGUCACAUAGCGUUGAGCCGACUGGGACAGAUGCUAAGCAGGAACAGGAAGUGAGCACACAACAUGCAACAUACGCUACAGCCUUGUUAAAUAACCUGUUUAUAUUCAUAUUAUUUUCUAUAUGAGUGUAUUGUGUAUCAUGUUAAAAGCACAUUUUUUGUGUGUGUGUGGGA